CCUUCCGAGGGGGAGGCGCCGCUGCCGCGGGGCCGAGCUCGGUUCCGCCGCCCCACGGGGCUGCUGGAUCGGACCAAGGGCUCAGGGGUUGGUUCUUGCCUCCCUGGUGCGCAGCAGGAUCCUCCCCUCGCCAGCCACAUCCUCCCCUCAGACCCCUCUGCUUUGGCCAAACCAGCACCGGUUUCCUGCCUUGCCCAAGGCUCCGGUGACGGCGGCUGCUCCAUCCCCUGCAGCCACAGCCUCACACCCCUCGGUGCCAAGGGAGCACUGGAAGGGGAGGAAGACACCGGGAGCCUUGACUGGGAGCACUGGGGCAGCAAGAGGAAGCUGCCGGCACCAGUGGCAGCACCAGGACGUGGGUCCCUCCCCGGAAGGAAGGAGCUGUUGGUCUCCAUCACCCCGUGCAGGGUGCAGGGUCCUGCCCUGCCCCAUCCCCUGGCACCCGGGGGGUCCUCACGCUGCAGACCCUGCUCAGCCCCCCCUGCCAUGCCCAUGAGCAUCACCCUGCCCGGGCCUGCCCCAUGGGGCUUCCGCAUCACAGGGGGAAGAGACUUUGGGAAGCCCAUCACGGUCUCCAAGGUGACGGAGCAGGGGAAGGCAGCCAUGGGUGACCUGCGUCCAGGGGACAUCAUUGUCACCAUCAACGGGGAGAGUGCAGCAGAGAUGCUCAACGUGGAGGCACAGAAUAAGAUCAAGCAGAGCCCUGGGCAGCUCCGGCUGCAGGUGGAGAGGUCCCCGGUGCCACCUCCCAGCCACACCAAUGGGGACACCUCACCGAGGCCGGCAACCCGCUUCCAGGAUGUGCUGUGGAUGCAGGAGGAGACCCCGGGUGCCUGCAGAGGCUCCAGCUCCACAUCCUGCAGCCCCGUGCCCGGCAGUGGAGGCUCACAGCUCAUGGAGGACAUCACUUGUCCCGGUCUGUGCCAGGAGCAAGGAAGCCUCAACAGCUCCCUGGGGUCUGCGCUGCCUCCACCCCCCCGCCCCCCCUCACCGGGGCUCGGGGCCCCCCCAGACCCCUGGGAGCCCCCCGGGGGGGGGCGCAGCUCUGCCUGCAGCAGCCCCGGCUCGGAACGGGCCAUGAGGCGGCCGGAGGAGGACUCGGAGGUGCGGAGGAUGCUGCAGCAGAGCCGGGAGCCUCGGGCCCCGCCGCAGUCCGGAUCCUUCCGCCUGCUGCAGGAGGCGCUGCGGGACGAGCCCGGAGCCCCCGUGCCCACCGCCCGCAGAGCUGCGUCCGCAGCCCCGAGGCUGCCCCCGUGUGAGAAGUGCGGCUCCGGCAUCGCCACGCAGGCUGUGCGCAUCCGGGACGGGCGGUACCGGCACCCAUCCUGCUAUGCCUGCGCUGACUGCGGCCUCAACCUGAAGAUGAGGGGACACUUCUGGGCCGGGGACGAGCUCUACUGCGAGAAGCACGCGAAGCUGCGUUACCAGGGCCCCCCUGCGGUGCCCCCCCACUGCUGAGCCCACGCACGGGGCCGUGGGGAGCUCCCCUCCCCCAGCAGCCCCAUUGGUAGGGUUGGGGCUGGGGGUGGUGAGCUGCAGCUGCCCCCUUUGCCCCUGCUGUGUCAGUGUGUGUGUGAUGAGCUUGGGUUAGUUCUCAGCCUGGGUUGCUGCAGCCGUAUGCGCCCAGGGGCACAGCAGGGGCAUAAGGGGGGGGCACAGGGGUGCUUGAGCACUUAGGUACCGGAGAGGGGCUGGCACCGCUUUGUGCACUGACUGCAAAGGGCUUCUCCGAGCUAUUAAACCAGAUCUCUAUAUAAAGAUAAUAUAUACUUGCUC